AGUGCUAAACGCUCUCGUCGAAAAUCAGCUCGAUCUUGAAGAUCCCGGAACCGCAUAAGUAGCGGCUCACGUUCCCGUUCAUUCUGACUGCGACGGAACCCCUCGUGCACCGAAUACGCAACCUGCGACGAACAGGACCCUCGACAGAAAUCACGGCUUCUCGAGACGGACAUGGAGAAAGCUGCUGAGAUGGCAACUCAAUUUCCCCUUAACGCAAACCAGCUCUUGAGCUUCGCUCAACACCUCAAUCAGAGUCCCUUCUCGUCAGAGGAUCACAAUAAGUUCGAUCUGGACGACUCGUCCGACGAAGAACUACCGAUCCAAGUGACAGACGAAGAAGAUGAGGACAUGACCGGCCAGAAAGAUCCUGACGGAAACGAGAAAAAGCGUGACAAAUCCCACCUCGUCAAACCUCCGUACUCGUACAUCGCUUUAAUCACAAUGGCUAUUUUGCAAUCGCCCGGUCGUAAGCUCACGCUCAGUGGGAUCUGUGAUUUCAUCAAGAACCGUUUUCCGUAUUAUCGGGAGAAAUAUCCGAUGUGGCAGAACUCCAUCCGUCACAAUCUCUCGCUGAACGACUGUUUCGUAAAAAUUCCUCGCGAGCCCGGGAACCCCGGCAAAGGGAAUUAUUGGACACUCGAUCCAGCCAGUGAAGACAUGUUCGACAACGGCAGCUUUCUGCGCCGCCGCAAACGCUACAAGCGUCAGCAGCCGGAUCACCAACAGAUGAUAAUGCGAGAGCAGUUUUUCCUCGACGCUUUGCGUCACCCUUUCGGUCCAGGUCAGAUGACGGGGGUUCCGAUGCAGAUGCCUUAUCAUUUAUUGCCGCCGAUGAUCCCGCAAAUACCUUUCCUCGCGCCGCUGCCAGCGAUGAAACUAUCUCCACCUUCGGCGCCGGUUUCGCCGACAACUACGCCUUCGUCACCUCCACUGAAGGCGGCUAACUUCAGCAUCGAUGCCCUGAUCGGCACCGACCGGAAAUCCCCUGCAGCGAGUAUCGGAGGGAACACGAUGCCAUCGCUCCCACCUUUGCCCCUACCACUGAACUGGAUUCGAUGA